AUGUGGAAACAGGUUUGGAAUUCUACUUCGUUAUAUGAUUUUUACAGAACAGGGGUAACAACGUCGAGGUGCCGGUUUUACGAGAAAAACGUAAAGCCAGACAGGUUCGAAUUCAAUCAGUCAGAGAUUCCACCUGUACACGUUUAUAAUUUCUUACACGGUGGCAAAAAUCAACGCACUGUUGAUUCGCUUUUAAGAAAUAAGGAAGCUCUGCAAUGUACUGUAUUAGUGGAAAACCUGAAUGUAAAACAAAAUAUUAAAAAAGUUGUAUUGGAUGAUGCCUUCUUGCAAAGCCUACAAUAUACUAAACAAAUCCUGCAUCCUGUAUCAAAAUCGAUAAAUUUAGUAGAAUCGGAUAGAUCUAUAUUAUCAGAGGUGCCUUUUGUCGUUAAGUAUAUAAAAGACAUAAUGUUAGAUAUUCCCCAACAUGUUGACCUGACUAGUUCUCUUACCGAAAGCUUGCUAAAAUGUGUUAAAGAACGCUACGAAUUUUGUUCUAAGCCGAUUCACUUUGCAGCCAAUCUUCUUGAUGCUCGCUUUAAAGGAGAACAAUUGAAUGAAGACCAACUAAUGGAAGCAGUAGACUUCAUUUGUGAAAUGGCUCGUUCACUAAAUCUAGAUGUACGGAAGGUGGUGGCAAAUAUAGCCCAAUUUAGAACAGAAACUGGAUUUUUUUGUUGA